CCUAACCCUCAAUUGUCAGUUCUCUCGAUCUCUCAGGAAGGACGAAUAAGAUUUUCUCUCCGAUCAAGGGUUUUUGAAAAAAUGCCACCCCUAAUUUAUCGUCAAGCAGAUUUCGAAAUACAUAGAGACUUCAGAGAUGAGUAUGAAGACGACGAUUUGGGGGAUGGCAACAUAUUUCCAAAUCAAACACCAUAUGCCCCCCAUGAAAUGGUUGAUGAUGGACCAGCGCCGCCUAUUAUUGUUGUAGUUCAAGGACCUCCCAAUGUUGGGAAAUCUUUGCUGAUUAAAUCUCUAGACAAGUAUUUUAAUUAUUCGGUACAGUUGAAUGAUGAUCUCCAAGGCCCCAACACUAUCAGAAUAGAUGGGACAAGUAGGAUACAGUUUGUCGAAUGCGCUGAUGAUAUUAAUGCCAUGCUUGAUGCUUCAAAAUAUGCCGAUCUAGUAUUGCUACUGGUUGAUGCAAGCUUUGAGUUCGAAGCGGAAACAUUUGAGUUUCUUAACAUUUUACAAGCGCACGGCCUUCCAAAGAUUAUGGGUGUUUUUACACAUCUUGACAAGUUCAAUGAUGAGAAUAAACUCGAGGAAACCAAAGAGCGUCUCCAGGAUCAUUUCAGCACUGAAAUAUGUCACGGGGCAAGAAUAUACAAUUUAACUGGUCUUGAUCAUGGCUUGUACAAAAUGCAGGAACUACAAAAACUGGUACAAGACAUAAAGACGAUUGAAUUCCCUACCUUGUCAUGGCGAGUGGCACGUCCUUAUGUGCUGGUAGAUCGUUUUGAAGAUGUCACUCCUCUAGAAGAAAUGCAGAAGGAUGCAAAUUGCAAGAGAAACAUAAGUCUGUAUGGUUAUCUUCGAGGUUGUAAUAUUAACAGUGGAGCUAAGGGAGCGCAAAACGGAUCUGUUGCAAAGAGAAGAGGAUACUUAUUGUGACAUUCCUAGAUGGAGAUUGAAAGUUUUAGAACAGGGACAUAUCUAAGGUUGGAGGUUUGUGACAUUCCUUCUGGGAUGGUUAAGAAUUUUAAUCCUUGUCAUCCGAUUCUUGUUGGAGGUAUCAGUCUUGAAGAGGAAAAUGUUGGUUAUAUGCAGGCAAGGCUUAAGCGACAUGAGUGGCACAGGAAACUGUUGAAGUCAAGAGAUCCAAUCACUGUGUCAGCUGGUUGGAGACGUUACCAGACAAAACCUAUUUAUGCCAUGGAAACUGGACGGCUUCUGAAGUUCACUCCCGAACAUAAUCACUGUGUUGCUAUGUUUUGGGGCCCUCUUGCACCUCCCCUUACCAGAAUUGUUGUUGUGCAGAGUAAUAAGGUCUGAUGUAUUCCACUCGAACUUGUUACUUGUAUAAUUUGUUUUGCAGCGAAAAAGGGCUUAUCAAUAUAAGUUGUGGAACCAACCAUAUGUCUAAAUUCAUAUAACUAUUACUUGAUUCCCAGAAAUCAUUUAGACAAAGAUCAGAGAAAAAUAAAAUAAUGAAUUUCAUAGGCUUUACCUAUUUUAGGGUUAAAUAAAUA